UAAGCUGGCUAAAACUCUCGGCUUUUUUUCUCCGGCAGGCUUAGCCGGAACUUCACCGGAAGCAGAAACUUCGCCGGAAUGUGGAAGCCACGCGCCGUUCCCAGUGCUCUCUCUCUGCUUCUUCUUCUUCACUCGCUGCUCGCUAUGGUCUCUGCACAAGGCAUUAACAGAACCACUUGGAACACUCUCACUGGAACUCCACCAUUGGUCAUAGCACGUGGAGGUUUUUCAGUGAUAUUUCCUGAUUCAAGUGAUAUUGCCUAUAUUUUUGCAGUAAGAACUGGUUUAAAAAAUCUCAUUGCAUGGUGUGAUUUGCAAUUAACGAAAGAUAACCAGGGAUCUGCUUCCCAAACAUCAAGCUUGAAAAUGCUACCAACAUUGGUUGUGUUUUUCAAAAUCAAAGUAAGACUUACCCAGUUAAUGGUGUACCAACCACGGCUUAUUUUGCUGUGGAUUAUACCCUAAAGGACCUGUGUUCCUAUGUCGUCUUGACUCAGGGAGAUUACACUCGAGCGGGCUGGUUUGAUACCAAUAUAUUUGAAAUUCUUACUGUUAAUGACUUGGUUACAAGAGCAACCCCGCCGGGAUUGUGGUUGAAUAUUCAGCAUGAUUUAUUCUACACACAACACAUUUUGAGUAUGAAAAACUACAUACUCUCUGUUUCUAAGACAGUAAAUGUUAGUUAUAUCUCGUCCCUGAAGCUGGUUUCCUGAGAAGUAUAAGGACACAGAUCAACCAAAGAAAAACAAAACUGGUCUUCAGGUUUCUGGAACGUGACGAAGUAGAUCCAUCAACCAAUCAGACUUAUGGUUCACUGUUAAAAAAUCUAACAUCUAUCAAGACAUUUGCUUCAGGAAUUCUUGUUCCCAAAGGAUACAUAUGGCCUGUAGAUCCAACAAGUCUUUAUCUACGUACACAUACAUCAUUGGUCUAUGAUGCGCACAAAGUGGGGCUGGAAGUCUUUGCUUCAGAUUUUCAGAAUGACAUUCCAAUCAGCUUUAAUUACAGUUAUGACCCUGUUGUCGAGUACCUCAAUUUCAUUGACAAUGAAAACUUCUCUGUUGAUGGUGUGUUGUCUGACUUCCCCUUAACACCGUCUGAAGAUAUAGUGGUGAUUUGGAGUGGAUGAACAAAGACAUAAACAUGGCCCGUGGUUUGAUUGAGGAGAUUAAUAGUGGAAAUAAGUUAACUAAAUGAGAGUCCCGCAAAAGCAAUUUCUCUCUCCCGGAUGAAAGAGCUGAACACGUGACUGGUCUGAGAAUCUUUUUCAUACUGUCAUACGAAGCUGCCCAACACUCUGUUUUUUUUACCGGAAAACCGAAACUUCGCCGGAAUGUGGAAGCCACGCGCUGUCCCCCGCGCGUUCUCUCUGCUUCAUCUUCUUUUUCAUUCAGUGCUGGUUCUGGUCUCUGCACAAGGAUCUAACAGAACCACUUGGAACACUCUUACCGGAAGUCCACCAUUGGUCAUAGCACGUGGUGGGUUUUCAGGGAUAUUUCCUGAUUCCAGUGAAUUUGCCUAUAAUUUAGCAGCAGUAACCAGUUUGAAAAAUCUCAUUGUAUGGUGUGAUGUGCAAUUAACGAAAGACGGGGAGGGGAUCUGCAUCCCAAACAUCAAGCUUGAAAAUGCUACUAACAUUGAUAAUGUUUUUCAAAAUAGAAGUAAGACUUACUCAGUUAAUGGUGUACAAACCAGUGCCUAUUUUGCUGUGGAUUUCACCUUUGAGGAGCUGUAUUCCAAGGUCUUCUUGGUUCAGGGAGAUUUCACUCGGUCGGACAAGUUUGAUAACAAUUUAUUUCAAAUACUUACUGUGAAUGACUUGGUUAAAAAUGAAUCCCCGCCAGGAUUGUGGUUGAAUAUUCAGCAUGACGCAUUCUAUGAACAACACAAUUUGAGUAUGAAAAACUUUGUACUUUCUGUUUCUAGAACAGUUAAUGUCAAUUAUAUCUCAUCACCUGAAGCUGGUUUCCUGAGAACUAUAAGAGCACACAUCAACCCAAGAAUAACAAAACUGGUCUUCAGGUUUCUGAAAAAGGAUGAAGUAGAUCCAUCAACCAAUCAGACUUAUGGUUCACUGUUAAAAAAUCUAGCAUCUAUCAAGACAUUUUCUUCAGGAAUUCUUGUUCCCAAAGGAUACAUAUGGCCUAUUGAUCCAUCAAGUCUUUAUCUACUACCACAUACAUCUUUGGUCUCCGAUGCACACAAAGUGGGGUUGGAAGUCUUUGCUUCAGAUUUUCUGAAUGAUGUUCCAAUCAGCUAUAAUUACAGUUAUGACCCUGUUGCUGAGUACCUCAAUUUCAUUGACAAUGGAAACUUCUCGGUUGAUGGUGUGUUGUCUGACUUCCCCCUAACACCAUCUGAAGCUAUAGACUGCUUUGCUCACGUAGGCCUCAAUGCAACAAAGAAAGUUAACACCUUGGUCAUUUCAAAAUAUGGAGCAAGUGGAGAUUAUCCUCCAUGUACUGACUUGGCAUAUGAAAAGGCUAUUUCAGAUGGUGUUGAUGUUCUUGACUGUCCUGUUCAAAUGUCAAAGGGUGGAAUACCAUUUUGCUUAAGCUCUAUUGACCUUAUAGAGAGCACAAAUGUUGCUCAAUCAAAUUUCAGCAAACUUGGAAAAAUUAUCCCAGAGAUAAAAUCUGGCAAUGGAAUAUUUACAUUCGACUUGGCAUGGGAUGAUAUAAAAACCUUGACCCCCUCAAUGUUGAACCCGUAUUCUAUAAACUCUUUGUAUAGGAACCCAAAAUAUAACAAGAAGGGGCAUUUUUUAACAUUGUCAGAUUUCUUGAACUUGCCAAAAGGUCAGACUUCCCUGUUAGGUGUUGUGAUCACCAUUGAGAAUGCAGCUUAUCUUGCAAGGAAACAAAAUUUAAGUGUGACUGAAGCAGUGAUUGAUACUUUGAGCAAAGCAGGUUAUGACAAACCAGGGGCUCCAAAAGUUAUGAUUCAAUCCACUAAUAGUUCUGUACUACUGAAAUUCAAGGAGAAAACCAAGUAUGAGCUUGUCUACAAGAUUGAUGAGAUAGUUGGUGAUGCUGUUGAUUCAGCUAUUUUGGAUAUAAAAAGAUUUGCUCAUUCUGUGGUUGUCAAAAAGGCCUCUGUAUAUCCUGUUAGUAAAUUCUUUGUGACUGGCUCUACAAAGAUUGUGCCAAAGUUCAAAUCUUCUAAUCUCUCUGUUUACGUAGAAACAUUCAGAAAUGAGUUUGUAUCUCAGGCAUGGGAUUUCAUGUCAGAUGCAACUGUGGAGAUCAACACAUUUGUUCAAGAUGCUGAAAUUGAUGGUGUUAUCACAGACUUCCCGAAAACAGCUAAUAGAUACAGAAGGAACAGAUGCCUAAGUUUGGGUGACAGCAAACCUCCUUACAUGGAACCAGUUCGAGUAGGUAGCCUUUUAUUAGCCAUGGACAAAUAUUCCUUGCCACCAGCUUUGGCUCCUGCCCCUCCCCUGACAGAAGCUAAAGUGACAGAACCCCCUCUGCCUCCUCUUUCUAAAAUAGCCCCAUCUAGCCCUAUUGCUGGGACUGGACAAGGAGCACAACCACCGCAAAAUGCGCAAUCUAAGGUCACUGUUUGCGUAUUUUUGUCCACUCUGAUUGUGCUUGUAGCUUCUCUUCUACUUUGACUGGUGAAGGCUUCCACUUCCCACUAAAUAGAAAAAAAAAUUACAAAAAAUUGAAGGAAAGUGUUGGUUAUGCUGGCUUUAGCCCUCUAAUUCCCCAUUUCUUUCUGGGUUAAGUAGAAUGAAGCUUUUGGCUUCAGACUGCUUGAAUAAUCCUGAUCUUUUACUUGCACAAGUAAAUCAUUUCUAUUAACUGUUGUAGCUAGCUAGUUAUACUUCCCCUUCUCCGAUCUUUCUGUUGUAGCAAUAACUAUUACGUUUACGGGUGCAUAUCUCAUCUGAAAUCUUUAGUAGAUGUGAUUUUUGUAUCUUCAGUUGUAACUUGCAAGAUAUAUUUACUUAGUGAGUUGGUUUAUCCUGAAA